CCGCCCACGGCGGGGAGCCCCGGAGCGCGGGGUCAAGUUCGCCUGAGACCCGCCCCACCCCGGCGCAGGGGCUGGCCGGGCCCGGCUCCACUCCGCGGAGCACCCAGGCCGCAGAGGGCCUUGCGCAGCGAAACCAGGCGCCGUCCCGCGCGGUCCUCGGGUGCAGGCCGCGGGCGGGCCACGCCGGAUACCCCAGCCUACGCAGCCCUCCAAGGCUGACAGAGUGCCUCUGCGGAGCCCCCGCCACGUGCAGGCAGGGUGGCCACUGCCGUGGGUGUGGAGGUGCCUGACAAGAUGAAGAGCCGAAUCCCGGUGGUGCUCCUGGCCUGUGGCUCCUUCAAUCCCAUCACCAACAUGCACCUGCGCUUGUUCGAGGUGGCCAGAGACCACCUGCACCAGACAGGAAUGUACAAGGUGAUCGGGGGCAUCAUCUCUCCCGUCAAUGACAACUACAGAAAGAAAGACCUUGUGGCUGCCCACCACCGGGUGGCCAUGGCCCGGCUGGCCCUGCAGACGUCUGAAUGGAUUCGGGUGGACCCCUGGGAGAGCGAGCAGGCGCAGUGGAUGGAGACGGUGAAGGUGCUGAGGCAUCAUCACAGAGAACUGCUCAGAUCUCUGCCCCAGACGGAAGGCCUGGACCACAGCAGGGCUCGCUCGUCAGCCCCCACAGCUGUGCCUGAGCUGAAGCUCCUCUGUGGGGCAGACUUCCUGAAGACCUUCCAGAUCCCCAACCUCUGGAAAGACGCACACAUCCAGGAAAUAGUGGAGAAGUUCGGCAUGGUGUGUGUGAGCCGGACGGGUCACAACCCACAGGAAUACAUCUCCGGGUCAGCCAUCCUGCAGCGGUACCGGCACAACAUUCACCUGGUCAGGGAGCCUGUGCAGAAUGAGCUCAGCUCCACGUACGUCAGGGGGGCCUUGCGCCAAGGGCAGAGCGUCAAGUACCUGCUCCCGGAUGCCGUCAUCGCCUACAUCAAGGAGCACAGCCUCUACACCAGGGACAGUCCCUAAAAAGACAACAGCACCCAGAGGAACGAAGGAAUGAGAAGCUGGGGAGGCCCGGCCACUCCACGGGCUCCUCCUGAGCCAAGAGCAGUUAAGGUCUUCGGUUUAUUUGGGUUUUGUGUUUUUUUGGUUUUUGCUUUUCCAUUUUUCCUUUGUUUUAUAUAGACAAUGAUUAUAUUUCAGAGGACUCUACUGUCCUAGGAAGAAAUACCUUCUUUUGGAAGGAACAGGUUAUCUACUCAAGAAUGGACAUUUAUCAAAGAAGCUAAAAUGGUGCAGCAGGUCACUAGGACCAGACAAACGCGCUCAGAACCGCUCAGUGCUGGAGGCCUUCCUGUUUGGUAAAUGGUGACUGUGCCAUGCGCACCGAAGGCGGUUCUGCACAAGGCCCGGGCCCCUGAGGGUCGGAUCAGAAUUGCCCACACCAUUUUUUAACUAGGACCAGGUGCAGCCUGCUGGUCUUGAUUGGAGAGACUUGACAGGAUGCUAAUUACCAAACAGUGGGCUUUGUCAACGCCUUGUUGCAACAAAAUAAUACUAAUUGAGGAGCCCAGCAUUUGGAAGUAGCACUUUGCUGAUUUACAUUGAAUCCUCCCGUAAGAAGCAUACCGUCUACCUGCCUAGGCUGUAGAUAAAAUUUGAACUAAAAUCUAAGUAGUGACCCUCAAAAAAUAUUUUUGAUAUGGCAGAUAUUUUUAACAUGACUUUUUAAAUAAAUGCCAGGGCUCCUGAUUUCCAAGUUUCUAAAAAGGAAUGGAGGUAAAACAGAUGCCUUGACUAUUUUAAAAGAUCUUUUUGAAUGUUUUAUGAUUUCCUGCCUAUUUGAAUAUUGGCAAAGGGAUAAAUAAUAAAUCGACAUCAAAAAAUACUAA